ACAGUGUCUCUGGCUAGCAGUACCCUGGGUCUAGCAGGUCAGGUUGUUCACACUGAGACGACUGAGGUGAUUCUGGUCAGUGACUCUAUCAUGGGGUUUGGCAUCCAGCUACAGGGGGGGGUGUUUGCCACAGAGACCCUGUCCUCACCCCCGCUCAUCGGCUAUUUGGACCCAGACAGUCCUGCAGAGAGGUGUGGGAUUGUGCAGAUAGGUGACCGUAUCCUGUCUAUAAACGGGAUCCCUACAGAGGACAGCACCUUGGAAGAGACCAAUCAGCUACUGAGAGACUCCAGCAUCACCAGCAAGGUCUCGCUGGAGAUAGAGUUUGAUGUGGCAGAGUCGGUCAUCCCUAGCAGUGGCACCUUCCAUGUGAAGCUACCAAAGAAGCCUGGGGUGGAGCUGGGGAUCACUAUCAGCUCUCCAUCCAGUAGGAAACCUGGGGACGCUCUCAUCAUCUCCGACAUCAAGAAGGGCAGCGUGGCUCACAGGACUGGGACUCUGGAGCUGGGGGACAAGCUGCUGGCCAUCGAUAACAUCCGGCUGGACAACUGCUCCAUGGAAGACGCUGUUCAGAUUCUCCAGCAGUGUGAAGAACUGGUCAAGCUCAAGAUCCGCAAGGACGAGGACAACUCAGACGAACAGGAGCUGUCUGGAUCCAUCAUCUACACGGUGGAGCUGAAGAGAUAUGGAGGUCCGCUGGGGAUCACCAUCUCAGGCACAGAGGAGCCCUUUGACCCCAUCGUCAUCUCCAGCCUCACCAAGGGAGGACUGGCCGAGAGGACGGGAGCGAUCCACAUCGGAGACAGGAUCCUUGCCAUCAACUGUAACAGUCUGAAGGGUAAACCACUGAGUGAAGCCAUCCACCUGCUGCAGAUGGCUGGAGAGUCUGUCACACUGAAGAUCAAGAAACAGGGAGACUUGGCCAGUCCCAAGCAGCCGUCGGUGUCUGGUCAUCUCAGUGAUGUGAUGCUGAGUGAUGUGGAGGACGAGGCAGGGUUAGGCGGGCUGGGAAACCAGGCAGAGAGCCAGAAACAUGGGAAGCUCUCUGACCUCUACUCCACCACCAUCCCCUCUGUGGACUCAGCCGUGGAGUCCUGGGACGGCUCGGCCAUAGACACCACCUUCAACACCCAGGCCCCAGGAUUCCAGGCGUCUGGCUACAGCUUCCACAGCCAUGAGUGGAGGAACGCCAAGCCCAGCCAAGGCAGCCUGUCCCCCGUCAGCACCCGCCAGAGACACAACGUCCUGGCAGACCUGGGCCUCAGCGACGACGAAUGGGACAGACCCACCGCCGGCGGAGCUUCUACACUGCCCACCGGUCUAAUCACUGACAGCAGGUUCACUGUGGGUCAUGACGGGACCGAGCCGGACCAGGAAGAGAACUUCUGGUCUCAGGCCCUGGAAGAUCUAGAGACCUGUGGCCAGUCUGGCAUCCUGAGGGAACUGGAGGACGAGCCAGACAGGCUUCUGAAUAAGAGAAACUUGGCCACCAUUAUGUCAGGCAGCAGUCUGAGUCUGAACCAUGACCCUGCUCCUAUGAGGAGCCACCUGGGUCGGCAGGCCAGCUUCCAGGAGCGCAGCGCAGCCCGGCCUCAGUACAACCAGUCCUCGCGCUCCAACACCCUGCCCAGCGACGGGGGGCGCAAGGCCUUCGCCAUGAGGAAGAUGAAGCAGGAGAUGAAUGACGUCAUGUCGCCCACCCCCGUGGAGCUGCACAAGGUGAGUCUGUCGAAGGAGUCGGACCUUGAAGACUUUGGCUUCAGUGUGUCAGAUGGCCUCCUGGAGAAAGGUGUCUAUGUCAACAACAUCCGCCCAGGUGGACCUGCAGAGGUCGGGGGGCUGAAGUCCUACGACCGGCUAUCAACCACGUGA